AUGACAAAGAUGCGGAAUGACGCCCUUCGUGUUUUGGGAAGCAAUCCGUUUGAAAACAUUUCGCCCAAGACGCGUCUGAGGCAGCUACUGCAAACUCAUCAAGGUAGAGAUAAAUUGUUUAAGGUGGUGCAAUACUUUCUUAGGUUAAAACUAUGGAUGGAUUCUGUGAAUUUUAAUCUCAACUAUGUUCCGGGUGCAGAAUUUACUGCUGUCGAACGCAAUUUGAUGACCAUUGUGAAUACCCGAAGGCUGUUUCGUGUGGGGCGCUUUGUUGGAGAAUUUGUUCGAAUGCGUUUGACGCUGAUCAAGUGCGCCGAACUUGUGUACAUUCCGGUCCAGGGCGGACAGUGGCUUGCGUCUUUUAUUCAAUGGCAGAUGCUGUGCGAUAUGUUUGCUCGAGCUCUCAUGUGCGUGAAGUCCUUGUGCGAAGAUGUCGCCUUUCUUACGCAGAAAGGUUUUUUUAACAGCCAAGUCGCGGACCAGCUUAUUAGCGUGGCUGUGCGGUGUACGCUUCCUGUGUUUUUGAUCGACCUCUUCCUAAACACGCUUCGGUUGUUGCAGGGAAUCCUUGAUGCAUCACAGAAGCCGGAGAAAAAGGAGCUCUUACUCUCAAAGGAUUCCUUUUCGCUCUUGUCAAAGUACGACCGCGUGGAUAAGCUGCGGCGAUGCAUGGCCAGGCCCAACCCUCUGGGCAAAGGAAAUGUGGAUGACGCCGAAGAGGAGGAGCUACGAGCGAUAGAGGCGGAACAAGAAAAUGAAAUUAUGGUCAACUCCUAUCAAGAGCUACUCUGGAAGGACUUUGAGUUGCACUGGAUUUUUGUCACCGAGCUCAAGUUGCUUCUUGACCUCUUUGUGGCCUUGUCCAAUUUGAACCAUUGGGAUAGUCUUCGGGGCCUGGUUAGUAUAGGAGGUCUAUGCUCGGGGCUUCUGUCCGUCUACAGAGUCUGGACCUAUGGACGUUGA